AGCGUGAAUUUUUUUUCCUUCCUUCCUCCUUGGCGAUUCAGAACGUGCACGCAUGUUCUCUGUUCCUUUCACAAAAAAGAAUCAAGGCGAGGUGCCUAGGUUUUGAAUGUGCAUUCACUGUACAUUCAUAAUAAAGUGAGCCGAUGGCACAUUCAUGCCUGCUCCUUGAUGUAAAUGAAGAGCUGAAUGAAAGUUUGGGGGACAGCUCACCUCCCAGAGAGCGAUCCGUGCACCCUGAGGCCCGAGCAGUGAUUCUUGAAUUUCCUGGAGAAAAGUAGCUUUUCCUUUCUCCAUAACAGCUGUCCCUUUCCCCUGCGUCUCGAUAAUCAGCCUGCUUUUUUAAUUUUUUUUUUUCCCACACUGCCGUUGGAUGAAAGAUCCCGCCUUUGAUUGAAAUGGAAUCUUCCACUAUUGAGCCAGCCUUUGUUGAAUGAGUCACCGCGGCGGCCGCCGAUUGGCUGGGGCCGCUGGAACCCGGGAUUGCCUGGCGCCGGCUGCAGGGUCUGCUUCAUUCACAGAAACGCUGGCUCGCUCGCCGGCCCUUUCAUUCACACAAACAGCAUUUCAUUCACAUUUUGCUGUCUUUUUGUCUGCUUCUAAUGAAGACCAGGGCCUGGGAAUGAUAGGGCAUUUUUGCAUUGGACCUGGGGGGGCUUGGACAGCCCCCACCACCACCUCUGGGGGGUCUGUUUGCUGUUGCUAUGCUGGCCAGGGGCAGGGAGAGAGCCGGCGGCCUGCGACUGCUCUGCUAGGCCUGCGGCCCUGGGAGAGGAGCGGCUGUCCCUCGGCGCCCAGGACCCCACUGCUGGCCUCGCCUGUCGCCAGGAGUGGCACGCGCUGCCUCCUUCUGCACACAGCUCUGCCUGGGUCACAUGUCUAGUCGAGGGUGUGAGGCGAUUCGGGGGGACCACUUAACCGGAGAGAGGAAGUGAUUUGCAGUGCUCACGGAGCCUUUGUUGAGAAGAGUCUGCUCUCCGACUGAGUCAUGCUUUCGCUGUGAGCCACCCGAAGCAGCUGGGCGCGCAUCGGAGGAAACUAUGACUUUUGCACGGCCAGCGAGCUGCGGUCCGCAGCCGUCUCCCGGCCCGGGGCUGCGCGGCCCCCGCACGGCGGGUCGCUAAGGGCGGGCGGGCUGGUGCGGCGGCUUCGCGCCCCUGGGGCUGGCUGUCCCGGGCCGCUGCGUCCCGCCCGGGGGGCCCCAGGGUCGCCUGCUAUGCGCAGCAGCCCGCGCCGGGGCCGGCUCCAGCAGCGCCCGGGCGCAUGCGGCGAGCCCACGGAGGGGCAUGCUUCCACGCACCAAGUACAACCGCUUCAGGAAUGACUCGGUGACAUCGGUCGAUGACCUUCUGCACAACCUGUCGGUGAGCGGCGGCGGCGGCAAGGGCUCGGCAGCGCGCGCGGACCCGGCGGCGGCGGCCCCCUACCUGGUGUCCGGCGAGGCGCUGCGCAGGGCGCCCGACGAUGGCCCGGGCAGCCUGGGCCACCUGCUCCACAAGGUGUCCCACCUGAAACUCUCCAGCUCGGGCCUCCGAGGCCUGUCGUCGGCCGCCAGGGAGCGGGCGGGCGCGCGGCUGUCGGGCAGCUGCAGCGCGCCCAGCCUGGCCGGCCCGGACGGCGCGGCGCCCCGCGGCCCCAGCGCCCCGGCCAUGCGCGCCGCCAGGAAGGGCCGGCCGGGCGAGGAGCCUCCGGCGCGGGUCCCCCUCGCCAGCGAGCAGGUGCUGGGCGCCGGCGUCACCUACAUCGUGAAGUACUUGGGGUGCAUUGAAGUUCUACGUUCAAUGAGGUCUCUUGACUUCAGCACAAGAACACAAAUUACCAGGGAAGCCAUCAGUCGCAUUUGUGAAGCUGUUCCUGGUGCCAAGGGAGCCUUCAAGAAGAGAAAGCCUCCCAGCAAAAUGCUGUCCAGCAUCUUGGGCAAGAGCAACCUCCAGUUUGCAGGCAUGAGCAUCUCCCUGACCAUAUCCACCGCCAGCCUGAAUCUGCGCACACCCGACUCCAAACAGAUUAUAGCUAAUCACCACAUGCAAUCCAUCUCCUUCGCAUCUGGGGGAGACCCGGACACAACCGAUUACGUUGCGUAUGUAGCCAAGGACCCCGUAAACCGCAGAGCUUGUCACAUUCUAGAAUGCUGUGAUGGUCUGGCCCAGGAUGUCAUUGGCGCCAUUGGACAAGCCUUCGAGCUCCGGUUUAAGCAAUACCUGCAGUGUCCCUCCAAGAUCCCUGCUCUCCAUGACCGAAUGCAGAGUCUGGAUGAGCCGUGGACAGAAGAGGAGAGCGACGCUUCAGACCACCCCUACUACAACAACAUUUCAAGCAAGACACCCCCUGCAGGGGGAUUUGCUGAUACACGCCUGAAAACCAGGCCCCCAGCCCCUGACGCUGCCCAGUUUUCAGGAAAAGAACAAACUUACUACCAAGGGAGGCACCUGGGAGACCCAUUUGGGGAAGAUUGGCAGCCAACGACUGUGAGACAAGGGUCCUUGGACAUCUACAGCUUCCCGGAUGGGAAGUCCCCGGGGGCCGCGGCGGGAGACGUGCCCACCUACGUGAACACCCAGCGCCUUCCCCCGCAGCCCGCGCCCGCCCCGGGCAGCAGCGCCGAGAGCAGCCCGCGCAAGGACCUCUUCGACAUGAAACCUUUUGAAGAUGCUCUCAAGAACCAGUCCUUGGGGCCUGUGUUGAACAAGGCGGCCUCUGUGGAGUGCAUCAGCCCUGUCUUACCCAAAGCCCCAGAUGCCGAGAUGCUGGAGGAGCUGAGAGCGGAGCCUUGGUACCAAGGAGAGAUGAGCAGAAAGGAGGCCGAGGGGCUGCUGAAGAGAGACGGAGAUUUCCUGGUCAGGAAGAGCACCACCAACCCAGGUUCCUUCGUCCUCACGGGCAUGCAUAAUGGCCAGGCCAAGCACCUACUGCUCGUGGACCCUGAAGGCACGAUCCGGACGAAGGACAGAGUGUUUGACAGCAUCAGUCAUCUGAUCAACCAUCACCUGGAGAACACCCUGCCCAUUGUCUCUGCUGGGAGUGAACUCUGCCUCCAGCAGCCUGUGGAGAGGAAGAUCUGACUGCAGCCCGUCGUGAUCUUGCAACUCUCGGCAGGAGUUCUUCCGUCUGCAGAUAGAAGGGUACAGGGCCAAGCAAACAAGCCAGGGCCCGCAGAUUAGAUCUCGUUGAACAAUGCAGAUGCAGGCUUUUAUACAGUGCAAGUUUCAUAAACUUGUUCCAACUUUUCAUGUGCAUAUCAGAGGUGUACAUACCUAUACAUCCUGUAUAAAUGAUCCCAGUAUAUUUAUAUUUUUUAAGACUACGAAAGAUGUAAGACUAAUGUUCUGUGCGGUAUGUGUUCAAUGGAAAAACAGUUCAACUGUAGUUGUCGGGGAUCAAAAUUUCAUUCGAUAGACCCAUUCCUCUGGGAAAUUCCAAGAGGAAGGUGUUGUGGGCAAUUUUAUGGAGCAAGCAUGGCUCUGGAGUAGAGGUAGGCUGGACGAUGGUUCAUAGACAAGGAUCUGCAAUGGAAUAUGGCAAGUGCUGCCCUCAAAGCUUUAGCUUUGCACGUAGCCACGGGGGCACUGAUUUGGUAGCCAUCCUUGGUGGCACUUUUGCAUCUUCUCCAUAUUCCUGGAUGCCGUGUCACACCUGUUUGCAUGGGUUUCCCAAACCAGGUGGUUUGUGCAGCUGCACUAAAGGUCUGUGUUGCUCCACUCGUUUUGGAACUUAGUGAGUCAGAAAGACUGUUUACUCUGGCCCCUACUGUCCAAGGAAAGGAGGAACCUGAUUUACUGCUAAACGCGAUGCAAAGUCUCACUGAUCAAGCUCUUGACUGGCAAGAGCUUUGCUUGUUUUAAUUCAUCUAAUCGUGGAAUUUAUGCCUGGGGAGGGCAGCUGAAUAAAAUCUUGGGUUGAUUUCAGGUAAAAUUAGUCUCUUUAGAAUCAGGGUAGAAGCAUAUGUGGUUUUUUUUGAAAAAUAGUAAACGUGUGUGCCCAAGUCUUGUUCUGGGGACAUAUAUCCGUAACUGGCUCUUUUUUUCUGGGGUCAGAAACUAGGCACAGUAGUUUUGGAAAUCAAGAAGGAGGUCUUGCUCCUGGGCUAAUUGGUAGGUAAAGUGACUCAACGCUGUCUCCUGAUUUCUCUCGAGUGGGGAUGUGCCCCACACAGCACUUGAUUUUGGCUCCACCCUUUUAUAGAAAACACUGAUUUCCUGCAGGGUUAUUUGGUGUUAGGAAAUUAACCAUGUUUAUAACUUUAAAAAAUUUCUGGAUUGCGAUUGCCAUGUGAUUGACAGGUGUUAUCUUUUAAAAAGGUAGGACUUAUCAUUUGUUGAUUAUGCCACGUGGGUCCUUGUCCCAGUGAAAACCUUGUAGCGUGUGGCACCCCCUUGAUCAGUGCAAUAGAAGUCACUCUGCACACACUUAGAGUAGCAUAGUAAUUGACGCUUCCAGAUUGUGAUGUUAAGGGUAGAUUUUAGAAAACUCCAAUGAGUGCUCAUUUGCAAAGUCCUGAUGCUAAGAGUGUGGACUCCAUUUGUUUUCUGUAGGAUGUGCAUGUAUAUGUGCAUUUGGCCAGGGUAGGAAGGUAGGGUAGAGUUAAUGGAUGAGGCUGGAUCACAGUGGAUCCACUGUGUCCUAUGUGUGUUUCUCUGGAGUUUUUGACUUUUGAAGGCCCGUAGAAUCCAAGAUGACCAUGACUUCAAUUUUCUAGAAUGUUCUGAGAUGGACUAGAACUCUGGAGGCUGUCACUGAUGUCGUCCUCCCUCUUCGUCUGGAACAAUUUUGAUCUCAGGCACCUUGGAAAUAGUCAUCCAGAAGCAGAGGGGGCAUGUAGGGUGCUCAGUGGCUUUCCCCCUACAACCUGGGGGGACAUGGGAGGAUCUUGCUCUGCCUCCUGGAGGACAUGAGUAGGGACGUGACCCCCACUGUGCGGGUGCAAUGCACGUAUGUGGGAGCUUGCACAGAUCUCUUUUCUUUUGAUCUUCUUUUUCUUUUUUAACUUUUUGGGUCACACCUGGCGAUGCACACGGGUUACUCCUGGUUCUGCACUCAGGAAUUACUCCUGGCGGUGCUUGGGGGACCAUAUGGGAUGCUGGGAAUCGAACCCGGGUCGGCUGCAUGCAAGGCAAAAGCCCUACCCGCUGUGCUACUGCUCCAGCCCCUCUCUUGAUCUUCUUGCAGGCCGAUUGUGUGAGGCCAAACCAAUGGCAACUGCCACAGGAAGCACGAGAGUGAGGUCGGUGGGAACCAGUGAGGCCUGACACUCGGUCUGACUUCUUUUCCUCUUGAGAAGUUAGGAAACAUUCAUCUGCAUAACUCUCUCUUGAGCUUUUGCCUAAGAAUUGACUGAGAAAAUUUAAAUUUGGGGAGACGGAGCAAUAUUAAUUGAUCAGUCAAUUGACGCAUCAAUAUUCCUUCAAAACCUGUAUUGAAAUGAAGCUCAGAUGACAGGACGGCUCAUGCUGGAGCGGUGCCGAGGGGAAAGGAAGGUGGGGCCUCCUCCGACCCCUCAGAGCAGCUCUGAGCCAGACUUUAAUCUCCCUUCUGUCCCAUUUGUUAGGUGUGUUCCCCCUCAGAGCCAGUCAUCUCUUCCUUCCUCUUCCUUCCGGACUGUGCGGGGGUCCUCACUGUGAGCCUCCCUCAGAGCCGAGGCUCAGACGAUGCCCUCCCUGAAGCAGCAAGGCCUGCAGGGCUGGUCUUAGUCCCAGUGCCCCUGAGUACCUGUACCCAGAUGGGGAACCUUUCCUCGGAGUUGCUCGCAUUGCAUUCCUACCCAGGAAGUUCACCUGAGUGGCACUCCACUCUGCACAGCACUUCUGCCCGGGCCGCACCCCAUUCUAGGCUAACCCCCGCCUUAUUUGUGCCAGAACUGGGGAGCAGCACGUUUCCAGGUGUGAUUGCUGUGCACUAGUUCCCCGGGGCCCCUGGAGCGCUGGGUGCCUGCUGGCCACUAGGCCACCCCAGCUUCUGAGCCUGCUGGGAGCAGCAUGUAGGCGAGUGGCCCUAGCCUGGCCCUUCUCACAGUGGCCUGGGAGGCCUCUUCCCUCCGCCCCCUACACAAUGCUGUUGGAAUUAGCCAGCCUUCCGGCGCCUGUAUUAUCCUCCGGAGAGGCUGUGGAUCCCUACGGGGCUGCUCAUUGCUGUCUACGUCAGCUUUGAUGCUUGAGGACUUCAGAGACCCCUGGACAACUCAGACAAUCUGAUAAACAGUUCAUGCCAACAGCCCCCCUUCUAAAUCCAAGGCACUAUGUGAGAGGCCAAAGGCGAGGGUGCCAGCCAGCCCUGACAAGGCUCACGUGAGCAAAGACUUUUCUGAAGGCUCUCUGGGACUGUCAGGGUAGCUGGCGAGAGGCCUAGACCAGCCACUUAGAUAGUUUUCAGGGCAUCACCCACCAUUUCUGAAGACAGAGGGACAGACACCUGGUGGAGAAAGGCCUGGCACACAAGGUAGGGUUGGCAGGGGUGAGGGAAGAAGUCAGCAGUACUUUGGGUGAGUCCCCAAAGACCAGCAUGCUGGCGACAUAGUUCAUGGGUGUCUCUGUGGAGCCUUCCCGGGGACGCUGACGAUGUCCUCACUUUCAAAUGGAGCGUUUCCUUCGGCAGCCUGGCGUGCUGGCCGGCUCUGACUCCAGGAUGCUUCAGAGUGAGCCUGGCCCUUAUUUUGCUGCCUCUGUUGCCCUGUGAAGGCCUGUUAAUGUGUCCUGCCAUGGCAGGCCAUCCCGGGUGGCGUCUGGCACACAGGGUCACGGGGCCCUGGCUCAUUGCUGUGUGUCUCAGAGUCCCCAUCCGCCAUCUGUUUCCAGAGCUGAGUCUCCUUUGCCAGAGGAUCUUGGGCUGGGAGGCUCGAGGCAGGCAUCAAGGACGGCUGUUUCCUGUGCCACUUUUUGCAUAGCGCGUUCUCUUUCAUGGCGGGAACACCUGUGGGGGAGGGGAGGUCCCGCAUGAUGCUGCCCAGCUCACUCCUCUCCUGGGUGGGCCCUCCAGUCUGUGCUCUUCGUGACUGUCUCUGUGAACAGGCCCAAUUUGACAGGGAACAAGAGGCAGGUAAGGAAAGAACAGAGCACACAGGGCAAGCUUUGGUCUUGGGUUUCAGAAUAAAACUGUUUCUCUAGCAGAACUUUCAUCUCUAUUCUGGGUACAAUGAAGUGAAACAAACACUUUGCUGGGGACAUGUUGCAAGCCUGGAAGGUCACUCCUCCCAGGAUAUGACCAGCAAGGAAAUGAUAAGGGACAGGGUGGCUGAAGUGUUUUGCAGGGAGAAAGCUGCAACCAUAGAACCUGUGGUCUGUGGCUGACUCUUUAACCAACAACAGGUUUUUUAAGGGUCUCUUCUGCUAUAGCAUGAAGCUCUCCUUCAACAGGCAAGCACCGAAGUCCUUCCCUCCAUGGGUUUGACAUUGAUGUACCAUAUGUUUCCAAGGUGCAUGAGGGAAGGAAUCAUUCAUGCUAAGGAGAAAAAAAGUCUUUCUCUGCCAUUUCAGCUCAGGAUCCUUCAAAGAUGCUGUAGAAGGGGCUGGAUGCUGUAGUUUCCCUUGGUGAGGGGAAGCUGACAAAGCAGGGGAGGUCACCAGGAUACGGGAAGCUACUUUCUCUGGGAAACAGAGCUAUAUCCACAUCAGAGCUGACCUACUGGGGCGGGGAGAAACAGGGCUGGCAUUUACCCAUCUGGCCAUCUCCAGAGAAGAUAACUGUGUUUUGGGGAGCCUGAGUCCACUUGAGUGUUCUUCUCAGAUGGAAUUCCCCAGGCGGAGGACAGAUAUGGAAGACAGACCAGAGGCUGUCUGGGCCUCCCCAAAGACCCUCACUCAGUAGGUCUGAAUGAGGCCAGAGAAUUUUAUUCUGAUCAAUUUUGGGAGUGAUGCCCAUGUGGAAUUCAGACCAUGGGGUCUACUCUCGAUUAUUAGUUUCCAGUUCUUACCUGCGUCUCACUGAUGAAUUUUCUGCUCUAAUAUGUGGUCACGUGUUCAUGCUACUCCAUGACAUAGGUCCCAGAAUCCACGAUAUGAGUUUAACAGUGGAGAAUUAAUAGGCAUUUAUAACUCCAUGCAAUCAUCGCUGACAGACAAAAUGCCAUGUCAGCCACACUUUAUUUAUAAUGGGGUUUAUACAUAUUUGCAAGUUUGCAAGCAACAAAUGCAGUUUUAUAACUGUCACAUUUUCUAACAGUCAGAAAAAUUGCAACUUUAUACCUGGACUUGUGAAUGUCAAUUGCAUCUGUGCGCACACACACACACACACACACACACACACACACACAUCUUACCUGCACUGAUAACACAGAUACACGUCUGUCUGCCUGCCUGUGUUAAUGCACAAGCAGGCUACUGUGCAAUUUACACCUCUAGACUCCUCUUUGGGUUUGGGUUUAACUAACAAGGAUAGCUAGAAUUUUGGUUUAGGGACAGACAUGCCCUGACAUCCACAGACACAGUGGAAAGUCCCAAAUAUUUUGAGGUAUGGGGCCCCAGCACUGAGGGUCCAGGAACAAGAACAAGAAGGCCAUGGGACCGGGGGUCAUUGGGGGAAAUGGCAAAGGGACAGGAAGGGUUUCCUUCAGGCAGCAGGAGAGGCAAGGAAGCAGAAAUAGAGAAGGAAAGGAAAUGGAAGGUAGGCCACAAAUCCAGAUGUAUGUCCAGUACUUACCCAGCAGCACGUAGCUCCAUUCAAAACCUCACAUCAGCUGGAGGCCAGUGAAGGCAGAAAGGAAGGGCAACAUGGUGGAGGGGCCCAACACAGAGCACUGGAGAAGUGAGAACCCUGGCUUCCGGGGGCAGCUGCAUCUGCAGCAUGAUGGUAGGCCUGGAUGCAGACCCCUCCUGCUCUCAUCUGACAUUAGACAUACAGGGUGUGAGCUGGCCUUGCCCCAGGGGCUUCUGGGAGUCUGGAGGCCCUGCAAAGCAUGUAGCUGCAGGGCAGGAGUGAAUGGUGAAUGGGCCCAAAAGGGCGGCAGGAUCUCUCCGAGCAUGCACUCAACAGGGGGCCGGGCUGGACGUGACGCUGCUUUCACAGAUGCUCUAAGUCACUGCAGCCCACGGGCCAUAAGCACCCAGGGCUCCUGCCUAAGGACUGGAGAACAUUCUCACAGGAGAAAGUGCAGAAAGUGAGAUCUUGUACAAGUUUAAGUUUCUACUUUGCUGUUCACCUUGAAAUACUGUAGGUAGAAAAUAUACAUAAGAGGCACUCUAGGUCCUGAUAUUUUUGCGGGAUUUUAUCCAUACUCAUGGGGGACAAUUUUACCACAACCAAAGUUUCUAACCACCAAAUCAAGUGACAACUAACCAAGCAGAAAUUAAUGAGUAAAUGCAUCUUUAGCACUGAAUUAACUUUUUGUAACAACUAUGUGUCAGCUGCAAGUGGAAUGUUCUCUGUUCAUUUGACUUUUGAAUAUAACUUGUUCCUGAAUAAAUAUUGUAAAAUUAAGUACGUGAAUGUUCUUUGUAUUCAGAAUUAAACUUUUGAUGUUUAAAUCCAAGGAUUAGGAGAGAACUCCAUGUAAAUUUAAUGUGUAAUAAUAAGAUAUUUAUUACUUUUUAAGAAGCAUUUGGAUGGCAAAUUAUAGAUCAUGAUAAAUAUUGUUUGAAAAACUUGUGUUUUGUUUUCCAUUACUUUUGUGAAACAAAAAGAAUUACCAUAAAGUUUCCUGUCUUGAUUUAUUGCUUAUUUACUAUUUUUUAUUUUUGGAUCAAACAGAGUUGAUCUUUGAAUAUCCCAGAAGGAAUGGAAAACCAAAGCCAGGUUCAAGUUUUCUAAUCUCUGCUCCAUGAAAAAUGAUCACACCUAAGUUACUUGCACAAGACUUGGGAUAUGAAAAAUCAAAGAAUGAAGAGAAGUGGCUUAAAUUUCCUCACCUCAUGAAUCCACUUCACUCCUUUGUGAAAUGAUGUGGUUUCUGUUUGAACCCCCCAGGCCAAGCCUAUUGCAGCCCUAGGCUUCUGGGGGAGCCAGCAGAGGUGGCCGCAGCACCCCUAGGUGUCACCACUGUGGUAUCUGAGAGUGGGGAGCAGACAAGUCAGGCAACGCUGCACUUCUUAUCGUUGGUUAUGGGAAAAUGUGCCUUCGUUUUCAGAAUAGCAAUGUGUGCAUUUCUGAUUAUGUAGCAACCCUCUGAUUUUUGACUGAUACUAACAACAUUUGGGUGUUGAAGUUUCACACUCCUAGAUAAUGUUUGACAGCAUGGACUUGGUAAUUUAAUUUGAGGUUUUCUAUAAAACACAUUCCUUACAUUUCUGAGAAAUGCUCUACACCAGUGCAGCAUUGCCAAUGGUCAGGGGCAAAGAGAAACACCAUUUUCUAAAUAGUUUGUUGUUGAAAUGACUGUCCAUGUAAGUCUGUUGGCAAUAAAGUAUUGUGAAAAGUC